AUGUGGAAUGUUUUUAAUUUCAAUAAUAUUGAUGAUAAAUUAAAAAAUUUUAAAAAUGAAAAAGAAAUAUAUACUCACGAAGAUUUAAGAUAUUACUUUGAGAAGUUGGUGAAAAUAAAUUUGAACAAUGUUAAUGUAAAUAACUUCAUAGAAUUAAUAAGAAAAAUUACUCAAAUAACAAUAUGGGGAGACAAAUAUGAUGAUCAAAUUUUUCAAUACUUUUGUGAGGACAACAUCUUUAACCACUUCAUUUAUUUACUGAAGCAGAAAAUAAAUAAAAAUAUCAGGAUACAAAUAUAUCAGUCACUUACUAUGUUAAUACAGAACAUACAAAAGGACAUAUCUUUAUAUUAUAUAUUCAGCAACAACAAAAUAAACAAUUUAAUUUAUACGACUUUUAUUUAUCAAGAUGAUGAAAUUAUGCCAUAUUAUAUUUCAAUGAUUAAAUCAAUUUCUUUUUUUUUGAAUUAUCAUACCUCCAAGUUCUUUUUUAACGAAAGUAUGAAGUUUCCGUUAUAUACAGAAUCAUUGAGGCUAUACAAAUUUAAUGAUAUAAUAACUAGGACAUACGUUAAAAACAUCAUUCUUAAUAUACUUAAAAUUGAUGAUGAAGGUAUAGAAAAUUUAAUUUUGUUAAGGUCAUCCUUUUUUACAAUCCUAGUAUGUUAUUUAAGAAAUAAUUUAAUAAAGAUGAAUAAAAUAUAUACCAAAACCAAAGAAUCGAAAAAGUUAAAUAAACAUUUCAAUAAUUAUCUAGAAGAAAUUGAUGAUGUUUUAUAUUUUUUUGAAGAUAUGCUUAAUUGCGAAAAAAAAAGAAUCAAUGAUAUGUUAAUAGUAAAACUUAUAAUUUAUUUUUAUUUUCCAAUAAUUGGUUCUUUUCAUAACUCCAUAUAUUUUCAUGGAGUACAUCCUGAAAGUGAUAGUAAUAUGUGUAAUCAUUCAGAGAAAAGAGAAGAACAAAAUAUAUUCAAGAAGGAUAUUAAUAGUAAUGAUAUAAACGAGGAGCAACUUAAUUAUGGUAGUCUUGAUUAUGUCUAUUUUUCUAGCAAUGGGAAAGAUGGUACGGCAAAACAAGUUCAUAUGAAUAAUGCAAAAAAAAAUAAGGACACAAAUGAAGAGGAUAAAAAUAAUUUGGAAGAUAAAAAAAAAAAUUUGGAAGAAAAAAAAAAUAAUUUGGAUGAUAAAAAUAAUUUGGAAGAAAAAAAAAAUUUGGAAGAAAAAAAUAAUUUGGAUGAUAAAAAAAAUUUGGAAGAUAAAAAUAAUGUAGCAGAUGAUAAAAAAGACCAAAAACAGAAAAAUACGCAUAAGAAUGAAAAAGUUGCAACAGAUUCACAUAACGAAAAAAAAAAGAAAGAAGUUGUUUUUAAAUUAAACGAACAAAAUGAUAAUGAUAUGAUGGAUUAUGAAAAUAAUAAAAGUAUAAAAGAUGAUGAUAGUAAUAAUAAUAAUAAUAAUAGUAAAGACGCAAAAGAUAAAAAUGAUAUAAUUUAUACUAAUCCUGAAAUAUCUUUAGAAAACAUUGAACUAUUCAAUUCAUAUAAUAUUCCGUUUUUACGAUUAGUUGAUAAUAAUUUUAUAAAUUGUAAAAAUUAUGAUUUUUGUAAAAGCUUGUCCUCAUCAAAUGAAUCUUCUAUGAAUUCUAAUAUAAGCUACAUUGAAAGAGAGAAGGAUGAAGAUUUAUUUCUUAAUGAAGAAAAUAUAAACAAAACAGAAACUUUAACAAAUGAAGAUGAUAAUAAUACAAAUAAAAAUGACGCUAACAAAAAGAAUGAAAGUAAUAAUAAUAAUAAUAAAAAAAAAGAAAAAAAAAGUGAAAAUGCAUAUGAAUUUUUGUACUUUAAAGGAAGAUUAAAUGUUAGGAGACAAAAGGAUAAUGAUAAAAAUAAAACAGAAGCUAAUAAAAAAAAACAAGUGGAUAAUGAAACAAACAAUGUAAAAAAUAAUAAUGUGAUUGAUCAAUAUAAUAGUGAUUCUAAUUUUAUAAAAGAAAAUGAUUUAAAAGAUUAUUAUUUUAAAAAAAGAGAAAAAAAAAAUAUAUUUAUUCAAUUAAAUUCACGAAAUGGAAUAUUACAUAAAAAAAAAAAUAAAAAUAAUAACACACAUUUGAACAAUAAUUCUAUUAAUAAUGAUGAAGAAUUCUGUGAUAUAAAUAAUUUUAUAAAUAAUAAAGAAUUUAUAAAAGAUAUUAAACAAAAUAAUUUAUAUGAUUCAUGUUAUGUAGAAAUACCAACACUCCAAAAAAAAAUUACUUUUGAUGAAAAUAUUAAUAAUGAUAUAUAUAAUUAUUUAUUUAAUUUCAAUUGUUUUACAUUAAAUGCAUUAAAUUUUUAUAACCAUAAUAUUAGUGUUACAAAUGUUUUCUACAAUAUUUUUAAAGUGGGUUUAUGUUUCCAUCCAUUGUGUUAUGUAAACUCCUUUAAAAAUUUCUCUUUAUUAUAUAAUUAUCUUAUAAAUACCAACCUUUCUUUAUUUGUACUUAUCAGAUCAUUGAAUAUACUUAAAAAUGAUAAAAUUAAUAAAAUCGUAUAUUCACUAAUUUUUGGGGAACAAAUUAAUGAAUAUUUUUUACAUAAAAUUUUAUCAAUUGAAUUAAAGGAUCCUUAUUUUUAUGCAUAUUUUUUUGAUGCACAUAAAAAAAUGAAUAUCAAUAAAAAUGCAAAUGAUGAUAUGGAAUUUGAAGAUAUUUACACAUCUUCUAUAGAUUACUUAUUACCUGAAUAUAACAAGGAAGAAGAAGCUUCCUGUUUAAAUCUAAUUAAUAAAUAUUAUAAUAAUAUGGUUACAAAAAUGUCACCGUGUUCUAUCGAAAAUGAUAAAGGAGAACAAGAAGAGAAAAAGGAAACCAAAAAAAUUGUUGGUGAGGAAAAGAAGGAAAUUGAAGAAAAUAAAGAAAAUUGUUCGAAUGUUGAAGAAAAGGAGAAUAAAAAGACAGAUGAUGAAAAUAAGGAGAAUAAGGAGGAAGUUGUUGUGGAUAAGGAAAUUAAGAAGGAAGUUGUUGUGGAUAAGGAAAUUAAGAAGGAUGUUGUUGGUGAUAAUGAGAAUAAGAAGACAAAUGAUGAAAAUAAGGAGAUUAACAAGACUGAUGAUGAAAAUAAGGAGAUUAAGAAGGAAGCUGAUGAAGAUAAGGAUAUUAAGAAGGAAGCAGGUGAAGAUAAUGAGAAUAAGAAGACAAAUGAUGAAAAUAAGGAGAUUAAGAAGGAAUCCGAUGAAGAUAAGGAGAUUAACAAGACUGAUGAUGAAAAUAAGGAGAUUAAGAAGGAAGCUGAUGAAGAUAAGGAUAUUAAGAAGGAAGCAGGUGAAGAUAAUGAGAUUAAGAAGACAGAUGAUGAAGAUAAUGAGAAUAAGAAUGAAGUUGAUGAAUAUAAGAAAAAUAAGAAUGAAGCUGAUGAAGAUAAGGAUAAUAAGAAUGAAGCUGAUGAAGAUAAGGAUAAUAAGAAUGAAGCUGAUGAAGAUAAGGAUAAUAAGAAUGAAGUUGAUGUAGAUAAGGAGAUUAACAAGACUGAUGAUGAAAACAAGGUGAUUAAGAAAACAAAUGAUGAAGAUAAUGAGCAUAAGAAUAAAGUUGAUGGGGAUAAGGAUAUUAAGAAGACAGAUGAUCAAAAUAAGGUGAUUAAGGAGGCAAAUGAUGAAGAUAAUGAGAAUAAGAAUAAAGUUGAUGUAGAUAAGGAGAUUAAGAAGACAGAUGAUGAAAAUAAGGUGAUUAAGGAGGCAAAUGAUGAAGAUAAUGAGAAUAAGAAUAAAGUUGAUGUAGAUAAGGAGAUUAACAAGAUUGAUGGUGUAGAUAAGGAGAUUAAGAAGACUGAUAAUGAAAAUAAGGUGAUUAAGAAGACAAAUGAUGAAGAUAAUGAGAAUAAGAAUAAAGAUGAUGUAGAUAAAGAGAUUAACAAUACUGAUGAUAAAGAUAAGCAGAAUAAUAGUACCUGUCAGGAACAAAAAGAAAAAGAAGUAAUCGUUAAAAAUGCAAAGAAAGAUGAAACAAACGUCCAUAAAGAAAAGGAACAUGAAGAAUGCAAAGAUAAGGAUGUUCAAGAAGAGGGAAAUAAAGAAAAGGAGUUGAAUGAUCAAGAAACUAAAGAACAUAUUAACCAAAAGGAUAAUAUAAAAAAAGAUAUAUUGGAUCAAACUUCUAAAGAGAAAGAUAUAAAUGAAGAAGCAACUGUGUUAGAAGAAGAAAAAAAACAGACUCAGAUAAAUUCUAUGAAAGAAAGUGAGAAUAUUGGUGAAAUAGAAAAAAAUUUAACAAGUAAUAGCAUAAUGAAAUAUAACGAAUUAAGUAACCCAAUAUUACUUAAUUUUAUGUUACUUACUAAUAUACAAAAAGAGAAGAAUAUUAAAAAAUGUGAAAAAGAUAAUAUUAAAAAUAAAAUAUCAGAUAUAUAUUUAUUGUUAAGUAUCCAGUUUAUUUAUAAUUAUUUAAAUACAUCAGAUGAUGAUUUGAAUAAUAUGAAUAUUUCUUUCUUUAAAGUGUCUAAUUAUAAUUUCUUAUAUAUUUAUUGGAACAUUAUAAAUGUUCAUAUAAAUAAUUUAUACUUACGAAUUAUUACAUUGAAAUUGUUAGUUAAUUUGACAUUAUUAUAUGUUCAGAAAAUAAAGGAUAAAAAUGUGUGUGCCGAAUUUGUAACACCAUUAUUAUCGUUAAUGGAAAAGAUUAAGAAAAAAUUGGCAAAUAAAAUUAAAAGCAUUAUAUGCAAAAUGGAAUAUAAAGUGUGUCAAAUAUUUUGGGAGGAAUCUAAAAUAUAUGAAAAUUGUUGUCAAGAAAAAAUAAAUAUAUGUGGAGACUCCAUAUUAAUGAAUAUCGUUAAUGAAGCAGAAGAAUUUGAGGAUUAUCACUUUCUCUCGUAUCCUGUGUCUCAAAUAGAAAUAUACAGAAGAAAUGUUCAUGCCCUUUUUGUUUUAAACGGUUUCUCUAGCCAACUUCAGGAUAUAAUAUCAAACACAAAAAUUGACCCAAUGAAGUCAGUGCCUUUUGAUUUUAGUUACAAAGACGCAACAGCCUUAAUAGAUAUAAAAAAUAAAAAUACAAUUAAAUGCUUCUUAAAAAAUAAUAACAAAAUUUUUAAUUGUUAUUAUAUAGAAGAUAAAACCAAUUUUUUAUUAUGCAUUCCAUCUAAUAGUCACGUAAAUGAAGCUCUAAUUAUUUUUAGCUAUCCGUUAAUGUUAAUCGAUUUAUAUAUAGACAAAAAUGAUAAUAAAAAGUUGAUAGUUCAUGCUUACAGUUAUAACAAUGAAGAGAAUAAUGUUGAUGAGUCAGUUAUCACAAACUUUAAUAAUUCUGAAAAAAUAUUUAAUAACAAUAAUACAUAUGACAGUAAUUAUGUUAAUAUAGUAAGAUGUUAUAGUUCAAAUAAUGAUGAUAACAUAUCUGACGAAAAUGUUAAAAUUCAUAAAAAUGAUUAUAUCCUAAAUAAAUAUAGUUCAGCAUAUAAGAAGAAUAAAACUAUAACAAAUGUAAAAAAAGAGUGGUGCAUUAAGGAACUCAAUUUUAUGAAGAACAUUUUGAAGCUCAAUUUUUAUGAUACAACAAGAUCUCUUAUUGUAUACAAAGAAAUAAAAUCAGGUAUACAAAGUGUGAACGACAAAUACAAAAAGAAGCUGGAAGAAUAUCUGGAUACGUUUAAUUAA